AGUGCCUUGACGAAUAAAUUUUUGUAAGUAAUUAAGAUUUUGUUGCGUGAAAGAAAUAGUUUACAAUCUAGCUAUAUCUAUAUCUAUUUAAGGCUAAGAUCGGGUGACUAAGAGGGAUCCUUUAGUCACUUGCCUAAAUCGAUCUAAGCUCUUCAAAUUCAUUAAAAUUCAUUCACUCAAAUUAAUUUAAUUUAAUGAAGGGCAAUGUAGUAAUUACAUGAUUAUUUAAUUUUUUAAUUAAAAUAAUAAAUAGAAAUAAAUAAAUGGCUGAUGCUUUCUCUCCUCCCCCGACAGCGAAUUUUCAUUUUAUCGCCGGCCACCAGGAUUUCGGCGUCCCCUUCCCGCGGGCGUCCCCUUUCUUUUUGUGAGGGGAUUUGGACACAAAGAGAGAGCCCUUUUUCUUUUGCGAGGGGAUUUGGUGGAGAUUGAGAGAGAGAGAAUUUUCCGGUGAUGGAGGAUUUUCCAGUGGCAUCGUAUGUUUUGUUAUGUUUGUAAGUAUGUUUUGUGAUUUUGUAUCAAUUCGGGUGUCGUUAAUCAUUCUAAUUUGUCAUUUUUAUCUAUUAUAUUUGUAAUGUUUAUAUGAUUAAUUUGUAAUGUUUGUUUGUCUAGUUUGUAUACUUUUUGUUGUGAUUUGUAUACUUUGUAUGCAUUUAUUUGUAAUACAAGUUUACUGUUUUAUAUUGUAAGUAAUGACAUUUUGUACUGUUAGUAUGUUUUGUAAUGUUUUUCGGUCUAGUUUAUAUAGUUCGUAUGUUCCGUAUUGUUUGUAAAUAUAUUUGUAUGUUUUGUCGCUCUAGUUUGUAUUGUUCGUACGUUUGUAUGGUUUGUAUUGUUUGUAAGUCCGAUUUGUAUACUUCGUAAUUUUCCAUAUGGUGGCUAGGAAGGCCCUCACUUUGUACCCGGCUAGGAAUCGUUAUUUUGAUUAUCAGACCUGGCUGAGCUCCAGGGUGUAACUAUCUUUUUGAUCCUUUAUAAGAUUAUCUCAUGUCAAAAAAAAAAAAAAACCAAACUAUCCAUGUCAUUAAUUUAAAAGCUCUUUCCACUUUAUAACCGUUAAAUUGGUGUGUCCAGAUUUAAGAAUUGGGAGGGACUUAAUCAAGUGACUAAGCAACCUAGCAGCAAAUCCUCCCUCAUCAAUUUAAAUACUUUUUAACACAUGGCUUGAUAUUCAUGGCAUACAAAUUAUAUGAAUGAGUUGGCAUUCCAAACCAACGAAUCCCAAAUCUCCAACCUUUCCAUAUAAACAACCGACAUGGGGCAUGCCGUCUCUUCCUUCUCCCAAAAUCGGUGACUUUUUCCAGAAAUACCACUGUUUAAAAAAAGAAUUCUAAAAAUACCACCCAACUCCAAAAAAUUUCAAAAAUACCACAUUUUUCAAAAACCGUCACCAACCCUGCGGUUUACACGAAAACCGCUGGGCGGGGGCGCGGUUCUCCCAAAAUUGACGAAAGGCGAGACCUGGCGGUUUGCGGCUUACGGCUUGCAAGAUCUCAAAAAGUUUGCGGCCUCCAUUUUUUGAAUCCGAAUAAAUUUUUGAGAUCUUGCAAGCCGGGUCCCGCCUUCAUCUCGAAAAAAUGUCAUUUGCCACCCCGAACGAGCCUUUUUUUAUUUCGUCAAACUUUGGGCGGCCAUAACUUUGUGCUCCAAAAUCCGAACAUCAUGAAUUGUUUUUUUGAUUCCGCAUAACUUUUCAAGAUCUACAACUUUUAACAUAAUCAUAAUUUCAAAAUGUACAUGGAUUUGUGAAAAGUAAAGGUAAAGUUAUUCCCACGGUCCCAUAUAUCCACAAAUAAUUCCUGUUUUGAAAAUUUCAUCCUAGUAAAAGUUUUAGAUCUUGAAAAGUUAUGCGAAAUAAAAAAAAUUCGCUGCGAUCGGAUACCCGAGUGCAAAGUUACGUUCGUUUGAAGUUUCGGCCGAAGUUAGGAGUUUAUCGAAAAAAGAAAAAAAAAUUGGACCAAACCGCUGGGUGGGGUGGCGGUUUGGUCCAAAAAGUUUUCUUCUUAUAACCGCCCCUUAGCCCCGCGGUUUGCAGGGGGCGCGGUUUUUGAAAAAGGGUGGUAUUUUUGGAAUUUUUUGGGGUUGGGUGGUAUUUUUGGAUUAAAAAAAAAAGUGGUACAUUUGGAUUUUUUCCCAAAAUCGGGCUCAAGAUAGGGUGGCAGGGUGCAUAACCCAUGCACCUAUCAAUAACCAAAUCUGAACCCUUCAUUUAGAAAAUCCAUAUCUAAGGAUGGAGAAUUAAAGACCAUUUUUAUUUUCCCUAACUUUCUUAAUCGGCUCAUAUCUUUUUCGUUUUAACUCGGAUUUUAAAUUUUUUUUUUUGCACAGAUGGAACGAGUUCAUCGUGCUAUACAAAAUGAGAACAAUUUUCAAUUUUUUUUAGGAAAAAAAAUUCUGACCUCUCGGUACCAACUGCAUACCAUAUGGUAUUUUCUUCGUUUUUAAUUCGUUUUUGAAAACGAUUGCACAAAAGGGACGAGUUCAUCAUGAUCUAUUGGAUCUACAAAUUUUUGGGUGAACAAAUUACAGGACCAAAAAAUACCACACAAUACCAUACAAUACCACCCUGGUACGGGGUGGUAUCUUGUGAUACACAAUGUUAAAAGUCGUAAAUGACAGUUAAUAUACUUCUACUAUCAUGUAUUCAACUAUCAUACAGUCUUGGUUUGUUCAUAUCACCAUGGUACGCUUUUCAAACCAUAGGUAUGCUCUUAUUUCAAUACCAGUCAAUACCAUAUGGUAUACACUGAUAAAAAUGGCUCAAUUUGUUUUGUUCGAAAAAUAUAUCAAAGUGGAUAUCAUUUUGAAGAGCACAAUUAAUCUGAUCUAACUGUGUAAAAAAAAAUCGACUUAAAACGAGUGAGAAAUCGCCCGUCAAAGAUUAAAGAGGAGAAAAUUAAGGGCUUUGCAAGAGAGAGAGGGAUGCUAAUGUAAUACUGAUGUGGAGGGGUUACUUAUGAUUACUCACCAUAAGGUUACUGACCCGAUCCGUUCCCAAAAUCGGAUUCCUGGAUAUUAAAUUGGCAAAUGGCAUAUUAUUCUUUGUUUAUUACAUCCUUCGAACUUUCACAAAAUGGGUUUCGAAUAGAUAGAGACAGAAGCGGCAAACACGGCGUUUUUUUUUCCAGUGCUUAUUAGCUUAGUUUAUUUAUUUGGUUCAAAUUCUUUCCUUGGAUGAAAUCCAAAAUGGCUAUUCAACGAAAAAAAGAAAUCCAAAAUGGCUCCUCCAUAGCUAGUAACUUAAAUCCAGUAGAUUAGUUUUGAAUUGGAUUUUGAUUAUGUCUCGAGUGUUAUUAGACUACAAGACUGUUUCCGAUAUAAUUUGUUGAGUAAUUACUUGUUCCGCAAGAUAUGAGAAGGGGAAUAACAAAUGUAACUUGAACUAAAAGAAUUUUAAAAAAAAUUGACGAUCUUGAGUACCACUUUUAGACUACACACGUAAAAUAAACAACAUAUAAUGAAAUAAACACAAUACACAAACUUAUAAUUAGAAACGCAAAACUACAACAUCUAGCUCUCCAUCACAAUUUCACACAAGUUAUUAAGUGUUAGAAUUUUUAUUUCAAAAAUCAUUACAUGCACAAAUCAACAAUUAAUUAUUAUUAUCUACAAAAUAGUAUAAGACGAUGUCAAAAUAUCCUAUUCGCCACGUCAGCCCCUCCUCGAUUCACCGCACACUUCGGAAGGGCUUCCCCGUCAUUCCCUUCCCUUCUCUUCCUCGCUUUCAGUCUUCCAGCCCAGGAAUCUCACUUUUUUCUCUCUCGCCGUCUCACUCCCGCCCGACCAUCUUUGCCACCAUACUCGAUCGAUCUGCUCCCAAAAUCCCCCAUCGUCCAGUCUUCCAGCACAAAAAAAAUCACUGCUUUCUCUCCCACGCCCACCGUACUCAAUCUGCUCCGUAAAUCCCCAUUAUAGCCCUCGCUCACCGAAAUUCCCAUAUGUCUCUCUCCCAAGCCCACCGACUCCACUCGCUAUCAUCGUCUCUCUCUCCCAACCCCUCCAAGAAGAAAGCCCUCCGCCUCUCUCUCCGAUUGGUUCACAUCGCAGGGUUGACGAGACGCUCCCCUCCACACUGCUACUGCGACUGCCCAAACAACAUCACUGCCGCGAUAAUUUGAGAAUUCUCCUCUGUAAGUUCUCUUAGCCAGGUCGCUUCUAUUUUGCCUUUGCAGAACCUGCUUGUGCGAUCUCCCCUCUCUUUAUUCCUUUUCUAAUAGGAAAUCUAUGCAAUUGAAUCAGUUCGAAUCAUGGGUUUCAGUCCUGGACGAUUCCAUAGCGCAUAAUUCCUAUUAUCAAAUCAGUCUUACUGUGUCUUAGGGGAUUAAGGCCAAAUUUCUUGGUUCGUAUUCCCCUAGGUGUGCAACGACUGCAGCAAUGCGGCCAAAAUGUCGUGGCGAUGACCCUCUGGCCAAAAAAUCCUUUGUCCAAUUCUAACUCUGCUACUACUCAAUGUAAUAUCUCAUUUUGUUCUUAGUAUGGUGUUUUUUCUGAGAUUGAAAGUCAUAUAUGUAAUGCAGUAAAAAGUUAUUUCACGAUUGUGUUGCAUUAUGUCUUUGUUAGGGAAAUGAAGGGAAAUUUGUGUCUCCCCUGAAGGUCCCACACUUGCUGAAGUCUACGUGGAGAGGGUGCGUCUUGAGGGUGAUAUGUGAAUUGAAUACUGUCUGUAAUUGAUAGGAAGUUGCAGUUCCUCUUAGCAGUUAGUAGUUAGCAGUGAUGCUUCUUAUUAUUAAUUUUCAGCUCCCUUUCGUUUAUCGCCAUAUUGCGACUUUAGCUAGGAGGAGAAGUAAAGUUCCUUUUAGUGGUCCGACAGAUACAUUGAGUGCAUUUAUUUGAGUCUCACGUAUGUGACUCUCUACCUCUUGCUUAUCUUUGGUUUUUAUUAAGCUUAGUAUCAUUAGUUCUAUCUAAUGUGAUGAGCAGAACUGGAGAAGCAUGAUUGAGAAGAGUAGGAUAAAAGGCAUGAUUAGAGUGGUUUAUGGAAUUAUAUAACUUAUCCAUUUCAUGUUUCUUUGGUUUAACAUUUAGCUGUUUUAUGGUAAUGUGAAUUUGGAAUUUCGACUUUCAAUGAUUGGUUUUCUGCAAUUACCUAUUAUGAAUAUGCUUGAAUGGAUUCAGUGGAAUUUGUUGUGAAUUUGUUGUUUGUUGUAUGUUGGGUUUUCAUUCUUAAUUUCUAAUAUACAUAGGGUAGGUUCUGUCUGUAAUUGUUCUCAAAUAUUUCUGCAAGUAAUGGGAAAGGAAGGGUAUAACUAUGUACUCAAAUGCCCUUCCUUUCUAUAUCUUCCCACCAAUGUUGUUAAGGGUCACAAUGUGAAGUUUCAGUUUCGUAUUAUGCUUUUAUCUAUGGGAUGUGUAAUUUUUUUUUAUUCAGGUUCAUGUUGAAACUCUGUUUCUAGGUCGUUUCCCUUAUAGAUUGUCUUCUUUUGUUCAAUUUGAAUUGUGGAAUACCAUGGAGUUCUUUGCCUGCAAUAUUUUCUCAUAUGUUGGAUUGUUUUCCCCUUGUGGACACUCUUCUUUUGUUUCUCAAAUUUGGUUCAUAACUGUCAAAUCAACCUCAUGUCUAGAACAAGUCCAACUGUAGCUACUGACAAGGUUUGCUGCAUUUUUCAAAUAAUCUGAUUGUUGGUGUUGUGAAAGAAAAGCCGUUGGCAAGGUUUGCUGCAGUUUUUAGAUAAUUUGAUUGGUGUUGUUUGCUGUCUUUCUUGCCCUUCUAUGCUUUGGUUCAUUUGCUUAACAAUUUGGAAAAUUGGAUUUUGGUAUAAUUUAAUCAUCUACACGAAUCUUUUUAAUCAUUUUAUUUGCUUAUCCAAUCCUUCUCUUGGCUACCAUCAUUAGCUGCAUGUCACACACAUUACUCUAACUGUGCUCAUAACCACACCAAUGCAAGUAGCAAGCUGUUGUAUUAUGAGUUGUCAAAACUAAUCAGCAAAUUUGCAGGGGAUAGUCAAAACAACUUCCCCUAGAUCAAAUAUCUCAAGGUGUCCCUGUAAUCCACUAUCCUGCAAACUAACUCAUUAUUUUAACCACAAGAUGCUUGCAUUCCACCAUGACCAGUUCGCUUCUAUUGAACCAAUCAAUGUCCCUGGAUUGAGUCUACACCUUCCUUCCAAAUCCAAUUUGCACAAGGCAAAUUCUUUGACAUUGAGUGGACUUUCCCACAAGACUGACAAGAACAAGUUUGCGGGAGAGACUUGAGAUAAAGAACCUGUUUACUUCCAUACACAUCAACUCCACCACUGGCAUGAGUCUUCUAAGUUUGAGUUAGGAUAAACCAUAAAAAGGACAAAGUCUCUAAACCCUUCUAGCACUUCCAAUUUCCUAAACGUAUUCUUCAAGGCAUAUUGGUUGGCACUAUUGGAUCGGUUGAAAGCAUAUUCCUAGCUGUGAUAUUCUACAUCAAACACUCGAAUACAUUUUGUAUCUACACGAACUUUCCAUUCUGCUACCACUGCAUCAGUUUCGUAGCUCAUUAUGUUCUGUUAACUGUCUAUGUAGACAAACACUACUAAAAUCGAUGUUUUUAUGAGGUGAUAGCGCUCUUAUACUUUAGUUUUUUUUCCCACGAAAUAGAAUCUCAUAAGCUAAAAAUUAAUCGUCCAUCUAUUCUUCAAAUAGAAUAAAACAAAAUUCACGUACAUAAUCUCUACGCACCCGGCCAACGGCAGGGCCCAACGCUAGUGUGAUAAAAAGAACAAGUAACAACUCAUGUCCUUGUAUAGACCAUAUUAAAUCUGUAGUAUAUGAACUCCAAAUGUCAGGAUUCAGUCUCCAUACAUUGUCAUCAAUAACCAAUUAAACAAACAAUCUAUUGAAUGGAAUGAAAUUGAAAUUGAAAUGAAUAGUUAGUAUAUAUAAAAGUUCAGAGCCAUUGCUCUCCCGACCUCCACCCUUGACCAACGCCGACUCCCACCCUCGCCCACCGCCCACCGCCAUCGUUGACCACGACAAACGAAUCAAAAGAUGCCGGUCACCCCAAUGUACAAAAUAGAAUGCCACCUCCACAAACUUAUGCCAUGCCAAAUUGCCAAUCUCGUUUGAGACGAGGCAAACUAUCUGCCUUUAAACUUCACGAUUAAUGAUUUAAGAUGGAUUUGGAUGACAAGAAAAUUAGGGCAAUAAAUAUAAAUACAUUUACAAUUUAAACUCAGUUGGAUCGACACGCGGUUGUGUGGUGGUCUCAACUCUCAAACAGUUCUAUAUAUUUUUCUCGGUGUUUAUGGUGUAGGGAAUUUGUUCGAUAAUUUUAUAUUUUAAAAAAAAGACAACAACAAAUCUAAAUAUGUGCUCACAUCCGAGUUAAUUAAGAUAAGAUAAAGAGAAAUUGAAGCCAUGGUACUUGGUAGUAAUCAUUUUGCACCCUAGAGUUAAGGUAACUAAAAUAUUGGAAUUAUUUGCUCUGACGAUUCAUUAUGGAUAACAAAAAAUACUAAACGAUGACAUGAGAAGAGCUAGAAACCAAUUCAAACGUACGCAUCCAAUUCAUUUCAUAUGUUCUUUGUUUUACCAAGCAGGUUCACAAAAUAAAACUAUAAACAUCAAGAAGGCCGAAUGAACUUUCAUUUUGGAUGGAUGAUAAUUGUCAACAAAUUAAAAGUCAAGUUUUUCCAUCCAUAACCCUAUCUAUCUAAUAUCUAUCGCGAUUAGACUAGCUGGGCCACGACCAGGAAUAUCUGGCUUGAGUUGGACACACUCCAAGGCCAGCAACCACAAUAAUUCGUGUUUCUUUGUGGCGCACAUAAAACGACGGAUAUCUCUGUCGCAGAGGCUCUCAUGCGUCGCCGUCGGCGAGAGGAAUCUUUUUUCAUGUUCACUAUUUCCCGAAUUAGAUUCACACAAAGAAUCUUUUUGGACUUGUGGAGACAAUGAGUUCUCAAAUUCAGCAACGAACUUUUGCAUUUCAAAAUAAAUUAUGCUCCACAAAAUAAGGCUGGGUAAAAUCGUGAAACAUUUUCAGCUUCAAUGUAAUUCAACUUUCUAACUAUAUGUCUAACACAUUCUUAAAAAUGAGACAUGAAAAAUAACUUUUAAAUUAGAAUUAUUUAUUUGACGUUGACAUGGUAGUGAGCUGGACCGUUAACUGUUAGUCAACGGUGUUGACCAUUUAAAUUGAUGGUCAAAACACACGUCCAAUCAAACUAGUUUAUACGGUGUAUAGUUGAAGACAAGAUAGCAAUUUCUCCAACCACGAACCAAAGUUGAUUAUUGAAUAUAAUUCGGACCAAUUUAAAAUAUUAACCUAAAGUUAAUUUUUUCAUCCGAUUGUCUUAUAAUAGACAUUUUAUGUUGUG